CUUCACCAAUCCUCUAUACAGCGCCUAUUCUCAGGCGACUCCACCUUAUUCUCAGCAACCGGCGGCCAACACGUCCACCCUUCCCUUAUUCUCGGUCGACUCGCCGGAAUGUUCACACGAAGCAGUAGAAAGAGAAGCCAAGAGCAACAACAUUAGGAAGACGAGUGGAGUGAAAAAAGAAGAAGCCGCUGCCGCCGACCACCAUCAGACGGUCGGCGACCAGAAUAUUCCACCUUCGUUCUUUGUGUUGUCCAUUACGCGAGUCUAUUUUGCUGGUUUGGAUUGGGAUUUAUAGUUACCGCCCUAAAAUUUUUUGGGAGUAUUUGAAUUAAAUCGAAGCAAUAUUUGAGUGAGGUUGGGAUGCAAAAUUCAGUUUCCCCUUACCUUUGUCAUACCCCAAAGCUUUCAGAUGGAGAAAAAUUGUGGAUGGCGACUAAGUAAUGAAACACAAGACAAUUUGCAGAAGAAGAAAUGAGGGAUUGCGGCUGAAGGAGAAAUAAGGGAUUGAGGUUCGGAAAUCAACAAUUACAUUAGGGUUAAAAGUGUCAAUGAGUGUUUAAGGCUCUGCCACUAACCUUAUAUCCAGCACUGCCUUCAAUUUCCAACAAGUAUCAAACAUAGGAAAAGAGUGUAAAGCAAUCCCCUGUUCCAGCUACUAGGGGUAUAGAUAGAAAGAAAACAGAGAUAAGCAAGAGAAGAAUAUCACCAACUCGCUGCCCACCCCUGCUCACGGAACCUUUAUCCAAAUGCAUACAAGCUCGUUUGUCACUUGAUGGAUGCAUCAGUAGUGAAGGUUAUGGGCAUGACAUGGUAUCGUGGUCAAUUUUCUCAGUUGCAGAACCGGGCAUUUAGAAGUUACCCGCCUCGAAUCUGUUUAAAGUGUCCAUCUGUACAGGCUGAAAGAUCGAAACGAUCUCCAGUGAGAGCUGGGAUAUCAUGUGCUCUAAAACUAAAAACAGGAACGAAAAUAUACCCACUACGAAGUUGCGCUAGUGUCUCAUCCCCUUUCUCUGCAUCUAGAGCCAUGGCAUCCAUUGGAUGUGAGCUUUUGAACUCUGGGAUGCCCAUAAAUGUUUCCUUUUAUGGGUUAGUAGGUGGACCAUGGGCGACUAGUUAUGCUAGUAAUAUCAUCAGCAGGUCAUAUUCCCACACAGCAAAGGCGGGUACACGAAAUCGUAUUAUUUCAACGGAAGGAGGGAGCAGUGGGAAGAAUACUACUGAUGCUGCAGAGGUGCCAGAUAGCUCCAAAAAGAUAUCUGGGGCCAAAGAGGUUAGAAAAGGCAAAAGCAAAAGUAAAAACAAACAGCCUAAAGUACCCCCAGAGGUGCAGUCUAAUUUGACAGUAGCAGAAGUGGUUGAAAGCGUUGAUACACCUAAGACAGUUCAAAAGAAAGUGAAGAGGAGCCCUGCUAGAAAGAAAAAACCUAGUGUGGAAUCUAGUUCUCUUCCCAAACCCAAUGAAGAUUUUACAGGAAAAUCAAAUCUCAAGGUUUCGCCUACCCCAACUUCUUGCCUAGUCUCUAAAGCAACGUCUCAAGGCGGAAAGGCUUGGCCUCAAUUAUAUCCGCCUAUUAGUAAAUCUGUUGUAGUGGUUGAGUCAGUCACGAAGGCAAAAGUCAUUCAAGGGUACCUUGGUGAUAUGUAUGAAGUCCUUCCGAGUUAUGGCCAUGUAAGGGAUUUGGCUGCAAGAUCAGGAUCGGUACGACCUGAUGAUGACUUCAGUAUGGUGUGGGAAGUCCCAUCUCCCGCCUGGUCUCAUCUUAAGAGUAUCAAGGUUGCAUUGAGUGGGGCGCAAAAUCUUAUUCUUGCCUCAGACCCUGAUCGUGAAGGAGAGGCUAUUGCCUGGCACCUAAUUGAGAUGUUGCAGCAACAGGAUGCACUUCGUGAAGAUGUCAGCAUUGCUAGAGUUGUUUUCAAUGAAAUUACUGAAUCAUCUAUUAAAAGUUCUCUUCAAGCUCCACGGAACAUAGAUGCUGAUUUGGUGCAUGCUUAUCUUGCUCGGCGUGCUCUUGAUUACUUGAUUGGCUUCAAUGUUUCUCCUCUGCUUUGGAGGAAACUACCAGGUUGCCAGUCUGCUGGACGUGUCCAAUCUGCUGCUUUAGCUCUCAUAUGUGAUAGAGAAAAGGAGAUAGAUGAUUUUAAAUCUACAGAGUACUGGACUAUCAAUGCUUACUUCCAGAAUAACAAUCUGAACUCAACCAACAAUGCCACUGUCACUUCACAUCUAACACAUUUUGAUUCCAAAAAGCUGAAUCAGUUGUCAAUCAGCUCUGACGUGGAGGCAAAAAGUAUUGAAGAGAAGAUUAAUCUAUCCAAGUUUGAAGUGAUUGGUUCUAAAACCAGCAAAACCCGUAGAAACCCGCCCAUGCCGUAUAUAACAUCAACAAUCCAGCAAGACGCAGCAAACAAAUUAAACUUUUCAGCUUCAUAUACCAUGAAAGUAGCACAAAAGCUUUACGAGGGAGUUGAAUUAUCAGAUGGAAAGGCCACUGGACUGAUAACUUACAUGAGAACUGAUGGCUUACACUUAUCUGAUGAAGCUGCGAAGAGCAUUCAAAACUUUGUUGUUGAAAAAUAUGGGCCGAAUUUUGCAACAAAGUCUACUCGCAAGUAUUUUAAGAAGGUUAAAAAUGCUCAGGAGGCCCAUGAAGCCAUUAGACCCACUGAUAUCCGUAGAGUACCGUCAAGCCUUGCUGGGGUUCUUGAUGCAGAUUCCCUGAAUUUAUAUACUCUUAUAUGGUGUCGGACGAUGGCAUGCCAAAUGGAACCUGCCAUCAUUGAGCAGUUGCGAUGUGAUAUCGGAAAUGCCGAUCAAUCCAUUGUGUUUCGUUCUACAUGCUCUAGGGUUGAAUUUUUGGGAUAUCAGGCAGCUUAUGCGGAUGCUGAAACCAUCAGAGUUAGACAUAUUGACGAUGAUGGUGGUCAUCGUAAUGAUGUAUUUGAGAUAUUGAGUAAAUUGAAAUAUGGUCAGCCAUUAUACUUGACUAGUGUAGAGCUUGAUGAACACCAUACAGAGCCUCUGCCCCGCUAUUCUGAGGGCUCACUAGUAAAAAAGCUAGAGGAACUCGGUAUCGGAAGACCUUCUACAUAUGCAACCACUAUUAAGGUGCUAAAAGAUAGAAAAUAUAUAACAAUGAAAAGUAGGGCAUUGAUUCCUGAAUUUCGUGGUCGCAUGGUCUCAGCAUUUCUUUCACAUUAUUUUUCGGAGGUGACAGAUUACAGUUUUACUGCUGAUAUGGAGGCUGAACUUGAUAAUGUAUCUGGUGGAAUAACUGAAUGGAAAGGCCUUCUGAAAGAUUAUUGGACUAGAUUUAGCAAGUACUGUGAGAGUGCUAGUGGUGUCCACAUCCAUCAGGUUGAGAAAAUGUUGGAAAAAACAUUUGGUGACUUCUUAUUUUCUUCUCUUCGUGACAGAAAUAGGACUUGCCCAAGCUGUCUGGCUGGGACAUUAGUCUUCAAAGUUAGCAGGUUUGGUGCAGGAUACUUUAUUGGUUGUGAUCAACACCCAAAAUGCAAGUAUAUUGCUCAAACACUCUAUGGUGAAGAUAAUGACAAUGACAUCCAGGACCAACAAAAGAGAAGUGUCGAGGAGCCAAAGUUGCUGGGCUUACAUCCAGCAUCUCAGGAUAAGAUUCUGUUGAAGUGUGGUCCAUAUGGACACUAUGUGCAGCUUGGUGAAGACAGGAAAGGGCAUCCACCCAAGCGAGCAUCAUUGUCUCACAUAAAGGAUGUGGCCUCCGUCACGUUGGAUAUUGCCAUAGACUUGUUGCAGUAUCCAGUAACCUUGGGAAACCACCCAGAUGAUAGCCAACCCGUGAUUCUGAAGCUUGCAAAGGGUGGAUUUUCCGUCAGACACAGGCGCACAAUUGCUCCCGUUCCCAAGAAUCUAAAACCCAGUGAGAUAACCUUAGAGAAAGGUUUGGAACUACUAAACGGUAAAGAUGUAAAGAGGUGUGGACGACCGAAGCAAAAAAAGAGUGCUGAACCGGCAGAGGCUAUGUAAUUUGUUAGGUAAUAUCUUGCAAGGCUUAUGUACUGGCAGUGUAGCUUUUGAAGCUGAUAUGCCAUGAUCCUGUAACUGCUGGUUACCAUCGAAGUAUAUGGGCCAUGAUUGGACGAACUGCAAAUCCCAUUGAUCGUGCAUUUUUCCCCAUGUGUGGACACUACAAUACCUGCAGCACCAGAAUCGUGGUUGAGGUGAAAAACCUUCUCAAGGAAAUGGGGAGAAAAGAAAAGGUCAAUGGUGAUGAAUGCCAUUAAUCCUGAGAAUUGUAUCUUUUGUUUGGAAAACAAAAUAUGCCAAGAAUAUUAGAUCAAUCUGUUUAAUGACUCACCUUGUUAAUGAAACCCUUGGGAAUCUCACUGUCAUGCUCUAGCCACCUUUCAGGUCGCUAUGAAGGACUUUCUUCUUCUGAAGUUGGUAUUUAUCACUUUAAUAUCUCUAAUGAAUAAAGGUCUCUGCUCUUAUAGUUAUACUGUAUUUCUUUGUAAUGUAUCAUCACUUCUAAUCAUCUCCAUCAUAUGGUACUUGACCUAGUGUUUUUGUUGCAUGAUGUUAUAAGCAUGCUUGCUUUCUAAUUUUACAUAUUAUGUUUUCAGGUAUAGAUUUUUAUAACAGCUUCUGCUCAAUGCUCAGAAAUAAUGUUGUGUUGGAGAGAGUUACUAAUUGCCUUUCAUUGCUUUCAUCUUUGAUGUGUUGAAAGCCUUUGGCAAAGCGCAGAAGUUUUACUGCUGUAAUGUCUGCACAGAACUGCGGUUGAGGCCAGUGGCUCGAAUCUGAGCCGAAUGAAGAAGAAUGGCCUCUACUACAGGACUAAAAACACAUCCCUGAGAUGAGAUCUGCGUUGUUAUAUAUGCAAUUUGGUAGCGUGGUUUAGAUGCUGAUUUUACUAUAUUGAGAUUUAUUAAAUUGAGAACUAAUUAACCUACGGUUUAAGUGUU